UUUUUUUUUUUUCCUCCCCUCCCUUCUCCUCUCCGCGCUGCCUCAGCCGCUGCUGCUAGUGAUGUGCUGGGCAUAAGGGCGGGCGGGCGGGCGGGAGGUGGCGGCUGGCCCCUUUCCACUUUCCCUCCUCCUCCUCCUCCUCCUCUUCCUCCUGGGCCGGCUCCAGAGUUGGGGAAGCGCCUUCUUCGCCAUGGCCACCAGCACCACCGGCUCCACGCUGUUGCAGCCUCUCAGCAACGCUGUGCGGCUACCAAUAGACCAGGUCAACUUUGUAGUGUGCCAACUGUUUGCCUUGCUUGCUGCUGUUUGGUUUCGAACUUACCUUCAUUCAAGCAAAGCUAGUCCAUUUAUAAGGCAUGUUGUUGCCACCCUUUUGGGCCUUUAUCUUGCACUAUUUUGUUUCGGAUGGUAUGCCUUACAUUUUGUUAUACAAAGUGGAAUUUCCUACUAUAUCAUGAUCAUUAUAGGAGUGGAAAAUAUGCACAAAUAUUGUUUUGUUUUUGCUUUGGGAUACCUCACUGUGUGCCAAAUUUCUAGAGUCUAUAUCUUUGACUAUGGACAGUACUCUGCCGAUUUUUCUGGCCCAAUGAUGAUAAUUACACAGAAGAUUACAAGUUUGGCUUAUGAAAUUCAUGAUGGAAUGUUUCGAAAGGAUGAAGCACUGACUCCAUCUCAGCGGUGCUUGGCUGUGAGACGCAUGCCAAGUCUACUGGAGUAUUUAAGUUACAACUGUAAUUUCAUGGGUAUCCUGGCAGGCCCAUUAUGCUCUUAUAAAGACUAUAUUACUUUCAUUGAAGGCAGAUCAUACCAACCGACACAGUCUGAAGCAAAUGGGAAAGAAGAGAUAAAAUAUGAACAAACAGAUCCCUCUCCAAAUACAGCUGUGGCGCAGAAACUCGUAGUGUGCGGACUAUCCUUAUUAUUUCAUAUGACUGUUAGCAAAACUUUGCCUGUAGAGUACAACAUUGAUGAUCAUUUCAGAGCCACAGCAUCACUGCCUACAAGGAUUAUCUACUUGUACCUGUCUCUAAUGGCUGCCAGACCCAAAUACUAUUUUGCAUGGACUUUAGCUGAUGCAAUCAAUAAUGCAGCAGGGUUUGGUUUUAGAGGCUAUGAUAAAAAUGGAGUCUCACAUUGGGAUUUGAUAUCAAAUUUGAGAAUUCUGCAUAUAGAGUUUUCAACAAGUUUCAAGAUGUUCCUUGAUAACUGGAAUAUCCAGACAGCUCUCUGGCUCAAAAGAGUAUGUUAUGAGCGAGCCUCCUUCAGUCCAACAAUACAGACUUUUAUCUUGUCAGCAAUUUGGCAUGGGGUAUAUCCAGGAUAUUAUUUAACAUUCUUAACGGGGGUACUAAUGACACUUGCAGCUCGAACAAUAAGGAAGAACAUUAGGCACUACUUCAUUGAUUCUCCAGCCACUAAAUUAUGUUACGAUAUUGUGACAUGGAUGACAACUCAAGUAGCAAUAAGUUAUACAGUUGUACCAUUUGUACUUCUCUCUGUAAAACCAUCUAUCAAGUUUUACAGCUCCUGGCAUUUCUGCCUCCACAUCAUCUGCAUCUUAGUGUUCUUGAUAUUCACAACUAAAAGAACUAAGAAAGGAAGUAAAGAGCAAGAAGGCAUCCAGUCCUCUUGGUCCAAAAAGCAAGAAGACGACGAAAGCAUUAGGGGACAUAACAACUAUUCCACAACAAAUAAUUUCAAUCAAAAACGAGAAAUCACAUGCAGAAAUACGACGACGAAACAAUGAUUAGGAGAUGCUAUGUUGGAUAUAUUUUAUAUUUUCAGAACCCAUUUAUAGUACCUUUUAAAGGGGUUUGUAUUUGUCUAAAAAGAUGAUUAGUUUAAAAAUGCUAUAUCCCUAGGGAAUACUGAAUACACUAGCAAGAAUGGAAACAAAGCAAAUUAACCUCUCCCAUGCCAUGUUCCUGUGGAUCACGCCUUAUAGAAAAAAAAUUACCAUUAUUUCAACGGGCACUCAGGACUUAACAGCAUAUGUCCAUCGGGUCUUAGGCGUGCCCUUUGCUGAAUGUACGCUCUGUAUCCCAAGGCACUGAUGGGGGUGAAGAACAAAUCGCGUCAAUCCAGAGUAACAGCAGGAAAAUAUUUUUUUCCAAGCAGAUGCCUUGCCUUAAACCCUCUAUCUACUGAAAUAAUGUUUCUAAGUGGUAUUUUCUUGUUUAAUAUUAAAUAUGGGAAGCAUAGUUAAAACGGUUGGGUGUGCUGAAGGACAAAAUAGGAAAAUGGAGGCAGAAAGUCACUUGUGUCUGAAUCUACAAAAAGGAAUUGCAAUAAGCAUCUCAGUAUUUGGAGGGUUUCCUUAGUGUAUCAGAUUAUCAUACAGGACUGCCAAUGCCAAAUUACAGGAAGUUUUAGUUUAACAAAUGUUCUCAUUGCAGAACAGCCUGCCCACCCCCCCAAAAAAUAUUUUCUGAACUCCAAAAAUAUACCCUUUAUCCAGAGCAAAAUAUUCUAGUUUUAUUUUAGUUUGCUCUUUUUUGCCAUUAGGUAUAAGAUGGCGCUUGCAGAGCUGCACCCUUCCAAUAAAAUUCCUCCUUGUUAUAUACAAACCGUUUUUCAAGGAGUGACUUUAAGAUACAGUCACUUAGAAACUUUUUCAGCAAUGUAAAGAAUUAGUGAGAAGGUGCUUAUGAUAUAAGUAUAGCCAGAUUAUUUUAUGGUUAUAACUCAGUUUAUAUUAAACAAAAGAUGAAAUUGUUAAAAUAGGUAUUGUGUAGCUCAUCUUCAACAUUACAUGGCCUGUAACACUGGAAAGCCUGUGGCUUGGGAUAUGUCUCUAAGCCAGCGUUUUGGAUAUGGAGAUCAUGCUGUACCUUUUUGAUAAAAUAUUCCUGACCAUUCUGUUUUUUUCACAGUUUUGUUUUGAAAAGUCUAUCAAGGGAAAUGAUAACUACUGGUCACUUUAUUGUGAAUAUGAAUACUGCUAAUGAAGUACUAAAGGGCUAUAAUUUUUCAUUUGCUUAUUCUGCAUAAUUUUUUAAAAAAAACUUUUCAUGAAUGCCGCAGCAGCAGUAAUGAAAAUCCUGAUGUGAUUAUGUUAACCAUAAGAUUAAUUUUAUUUCUGAUAAUAUUUUGUGCUUUAAUUGCUGUGAAGUUGAUAAUUUUUUUAAUGAGCACAGAAGGUAAGAUUACGUCUUUGUUGGUGUCAGUGAUAUAGAAAACACAUCCUUAAACUUACAGAUCUACUCUUCAAUCAGGAAUAAGACUAGGACACACUACCACUUCAGAAUGUUCUAGGUUUUUGGUUUUUUAAAUGAUGUGCCUCUCUGAUAUACUGGAUAUUUGGGGACAGGUAACUUCUGUUAUGGAAGUUAGCCAAUGUUAAUGAGAGAUUCAGUUGGUUAGCCAUGUUGGUUUGAAGCAAAGAACAAAGUUUGAGUUCAGUGACACCUUUUAAGACCAACAAAGUUUAAUUUGAAGUAUAAGCUUUCGUGUGCAUGAACUUAUAACCAGAAUUAAACUUUAUUGGUCUUAAAGGUGCCACUGAAUUUAAACUUUGUUCCAAUAUUAAUGAGGUUGUUAAUACAGAAAAGAGGUAAAGUAGGUAGCUGUGCAUAUGGAAAAGAGCUUGAAUAGUGACAGUGUCAUAAAAUUGUAAUGCUAUUAAAAGAGGUGUGUAUGCGUAUGAACUGGAUAACCAGCAUCAAAGGCUGAAAUAUAUUUUGUCCCAUCUGUAA